GUUUGCCUGCUAUAAAAACUCGCGUAAUUUAUUUUAAAAGUCAUUCAAUCAUCAACCUUCAUUCUGACAACAUGGCAUUCUUACUCGACGCAGAAACCAUCCUAGCCGGCAUUGAGCAGUGGCUUCAGCUGGAGCAGAAAUGGGGCUCCCCUGUGGACCUCGACGACGCACAAGAAGACUUGGACCGCACUCCUAAGAUGAAGACAACAUUCAGUUCCUUGGACUUGAAGAAAUCCACCUUCGACUCGUCUUUUGUCUUUAAGACUGCAGAGAGGAAACUUGGAAAACACUCUAAGAAGUCCAUGGAAUACUUAGAGUUCAUGGAGGAUCUGAAGACACCGAAAAGGAUAAAGCCGUUUUCCUACGUCAGCGGAGAGAUAUUGUCGGCUUCUUCAGUUGAAGAAAUUUGUGAGGAUAUUGACGAUGUAUUCAAGUCUUUGGAGAAGCUGUGUUCAGCGACCAGCACCGUUCGAUUCAGCCAAGUGAAGAAAAGACCGAGCAUUAACGAUAUAGUUCAAUGCAGUAUAUCGGCUGCGGAUCUUUCGUUCGACGACACUAUUGAACCAAGUCAAGAUGUGGAUAGAUAUAUCGACGAAGUUUUCGACAAUCUGCAUACCACAUUGGCGUCACUGAGCCGAACCCUGGAUGACUCAGCGAAGGAGACUGUAACGCAUUUGGUGAAGAAGUUCACUACGAUACUGAAGAGUCCGAUAUUGAAGACCAGUCCUGGUUUGAAGAGGAUAUGCGGUGAGAAGUUUAGGGAUUUGGCUGCUUUUUGGCAAGGGCAGGCUGUCAGUAGCAAUUAA